AUGGCAGGCAUCCUCGAGCCGUUUGGUCUUCACAUCGAUGCGAGCAACUCGUUCGUGCAGGCUGCUGUCUAUGGCUUCUUGCUUGUCGGCAUUGCAUCCUUCGCAGCACCCAUUGUCAGCACUGUCCGCGUUCUCCUGAGCUUGUUCGUGCUCCCAGGAAAAUCGCUUAGCACCUUCGGACCCCGCGGUACCUGGGCACUCAUCACUGGGGCUUCAGACGGCAUUGGCAAGGAGUUCGCCCUCUCCCUUGCAGCAAAGGGCUACAACCUCAUCCUCGUCUCGCGCACGCAAUCCAAGCUCGACGCCCUCUCUGCUGACAUCACCUCCAAGUAUGGCCCCAAAAUUGCCGUCAAGACGCUGGCCAUGGACUUUGCCCUGAACAAGGAUGCCGACUACAACAACAUGAAGAAGCUCAUCGAAGGAUUGGAUGUUAGCAUACUGGUAAACAACGUCGGCCUGAGCCACAGCAUCCCCGUGCCGUUUGUCGAGACACCCAAGCAGGAAAUGAACGACAUCAUCAUGAUCAACUGUAUGGCUACGCUACGCGUCACGCAGCUUGUUACCCCCGGCAUGAUGUCUCGCAAGCGUGGCCUCGUCCUCACCAUGGCAUCCUUUGGCGGUUUCUUCCCCACGCCCCUCCUCGCAACCUACUCUGGUAGCAAGGCAUUCCUACAACAGUGGUCCACCGCGCUUGCUUCUGAGCUUGAGCCCCAUGGUGUAUACGUUCAGUGCGUCCAAUCCCACCUCGUCACCACCGCCAUGUCCAAGAUCCGUAAGACAUCCGCCCUUGUGCCGAACCCCAAGCAGUUCGUGAACGCCACACUGAGCAAGAUUGGAAGAAGUGGGGGUGCACAGGGUGUGGCUUUUACAAGUACGCCAUACUGGAGUCAUGGACUCAUGCACUGGUUUCUCUCGCGCUUCUUGGGUGAGCGUUCGGAUACUGUAGUCAAGGUGAACAGGGGCAUGCACGAGAACAUCCGGAAGCGCGCGCUCCGGAAGGCUGAGAGGGACGCCAAGAAGCAAUAA